AAGUAAUGGAAUCCAAAGAACUGCUUAACUCGUCAGAUCAACACGAAACAAGGAAAAAUGCGCUCGGCAGUACCAAAGCAGGGAUCCUAAUGGACUUUCACCCACCCUUCAGGGGUGGAGCUUCUGUACAAGCCCCUGUGUCUGCAUCUCCUCUCCCCACGUCUUCUCAGUCAGAUUCCAGCCAGCAACCUGCUUUAGCUGACUUUUCAAAAGGAUUAGUAAACAAUGUGCCUCAGCCAGACCUUUCCAAGGCAGUGUCGCUCUCAAUGGGACUGUACAUGGGGGAGACAGACUCAAAAGUGAUGGGAAACGACCUUGGAUUUUCGCAGCAGGGCCAAAGCGGCAUCUCCUCUGGAGAAACAGACUUCAGGCUCCUGGAAGAGAGUAUUGCCAGCUUGAACAAGUCCUCGAGCCUGGCCGAGGACUUGAAGGGAGCAGGACCUUCUGAGGCACCUCUGGAGCUGGAUUUCCCGGGCAUGGCUGGCCGCAGCGGCCCCUUGGAGUCGGGAGCUGCAGUCCCAAGCCAGGUUGGCUCGAAUGGUGGCAACUUGAAGUUGUUCCCUGAAGACCAAAGCACCCUGGAUAUUCUCCAGGAUUUAGAAUUGCCACCGGUGUCGCCUGGCAAAGAGCCCAACGGGAGCCCCUGGAGGCUCGACCCGUUGCUGGAUGACGGGGGCUUGCUGUCCCCUAUAUCUGCAGAUGAUGUGUUUCUCCUGGAAGGAGGUCUCGGUGAAGACUGCAAGCCUCCUGUUUUGUCUGACACUAAACCUAAAGUUAAUGACUGUGGUGACCUUUUACCCAGUUCCAAAAUGCCAAUGCCUCAAGUGAAAACAGAAAAGGAAGACUUCAUUGAACUCUGUACUCCUGGCAUAAAGCAAGAAAACAUGGGCCCAGUGUAUUGUCAGGCAAAUUUCCCUGGGUCUAAUCUGCUGGGUACUAAAGUCUCUGCCAUAUCUAUCCAUGGUGUCAGUACCUCUGGAGGACAGAUGUAUCACUAUGAUUUAAAUACUGCAUCGCUCUCUCAGCAGCAGGAUCAGAAACCAAUCUUUAGUAUCAUUCCAUCUCUUCCUGCCGGUUCCGAAAAUUGGAAUAGGCGCCAGGGAUCAGGGGAUGAGACGUUAGCUCCUUUGGGAACGCUCAACCUCUCUGGCAGACCUGCUUUCUCCAAUGGCUAUUCAAGCCCUGGAAUGAGAUCAGAUGUAAGCUCUUCUCCCUCCACAACCUCAGCAACUACGGGACCACCUCCCAAGCUUUGCCUGGUUUGCUCUGAUGAGGCCUCUGGGUGCCAUUAUGGAGUUCUCACUUGUGGCAGCUGCAAAGUGUUCUUCAAAAGAGCUGUGGAAGGGCAGCACAACUAUCUGUGUGCUGGGAGAAACGAUUGCAUUAUUGACAAGAUCCGGCGGAAGAACUGCCCCGCGUGCCGCUACCGCAAGUGUCUGCAGGCCGGCAUGAACCUGGAAGCUCGGAAAACAAAGAAGAAGAUAAAAGGAAUGCAGCCGGCGGGCGCAGCGGGAGCGCGGGAUGCGCCGGAGGGGCCCGGGAACAAGAGCAUGGUGCCCGCCUCGCUGCCGCAGCUGACGCCCACGCUGGUCUCCCUGCUGGAGGUGAUCGAGCCCGAGGUGCUGUACUCGGGCUACGACAGCACCCUGCCCGACUCCAGCUGGCGCAUCCUCUCCACCCUCAACAUGCUGGGGGGAAGGCAGGUGGUGGCUGCCGUCAAGUGGGCCAAGGCCAUCCCAGGUUUCCGAAACUUACAUCUGGAUGACCAAAUGACCCUGCUGCAGUACUCAUGGAUGUUCCUGAUGGCUUUUGCUUUAGGAUGGAGAUCAUACAAGCAAUCCAAUGGAAAUCUCCUGUGCUUUGCACCAGAUCUGAUUAUUAAUGAGCAGAGAAUGAAUCUCCCCUGUAUGUAUGAACAAUGCAAACACAUGCUUAUGGUUGCCCGAGAGCUCUCCCGGCUUCAAGUCUCCUAUGAAGAAUAUCUCUGCAUGAAAACAUUGCUUCUCCUCUCCACAAUUCCCAAGGAAGGCCUGAAGAGUCAGUCUUUGUUUGAAGAAAUCCGUAUGACCUACAUUAAAGAGCUGGGAAAGGCCAUAGUGAAGAGAGAAGGGAACUCCAGCCAGAACUGGCAGCGAUUUUAUCAGCUGACUAAACUGUUGGACUCUAUGCAUGAUGUGGUUGAAAAUCUUCUGAGCUUUUGCUUCCAGACAUUUUUGGAUAAAUCCAUGAGUAUUGAGUUCCCAGAAAUGUUGGCAGAAAUCAUCAGCAAUCAGAUACCAAAAUAUUCAAAUGGAAAUAUCAAGAAGCUCUUAUUUCAUCAGAAGUGACUGCCUUAAUACAAAAGGGUUGCCUUAAGAAAACGUCAAGUGAUAGCUUUCUUUUUUUUUUUUUUUGUAAAGGAAAAACCUAACAGACUGGUUCAUUUUGUCCUUGCCCCGGUGUUUCUUUUGUACUUAUGCACUACAUGUGGUUUACAGAGGGCCAAGACUUAGGCUAUAGAAGCAGCGGAUUUCUCACAUUUGGUGAAAAAUGGGGGAGAAAGGAAAAUAGAUCUUACUUCUCAGAAAUUCUGGGUCUCCCCUCGAGCAACAUCCAUGGAUGCAUCAAAACCACCAGUGACAAGAUCUGAGGCUGUGUCUGAACAUUCUGCUGAUCAGUUCCUGCAGUUGGCUGGAGACAAUUUCCUAGGCUUUUUGGUUUCUUUUUUUUUUUUUUUCUUUCUUUUUUUAAGUAAAGUGUUUUGGAUUUAUUUUUUUUUUUAAAGUUAAAGUAGCAUUUUGGUUUAUGCAUGUAACCUGAAGAAAGUUUACAAGUGUAUAUCAGAAAAGGGAAG